CCUUUAGUGUUUUCUGGACUGCUGUAAGUCUGGUUGCACUCCUCGCGAGAAAAGACUCAACAUUCUGCCUCACUGGUUUUGUCUGCUGAUCCUUUUGCUGAUUUUGAACCUGACAGAUUUUUGGGGGCUCGUCCGGGAUCUCAAUAGACCUACUUCGGGUUCCGGCUGACUUUUCGACGCAGGACAAGUCCUUGGCCAAGGCAUAUAAAGGAAACCCUUUUCACGGGGCUGACUCGAUCAGUCAGCUGGACGCCGGAGUGGUUGACGAGAUCGUCCGAGGGAAAGGCCCAGCGGACUGAAGACCCCAAGGUGGUACCGGGAGACUGGGUUUUGAUCAGGAGUAUCAAGAGGAAGAAUUGGCAUUCACCCAAAUGGGAAGGUCCCUUUUUGGUACUACUCACGACACCUAAUGCUUUAAAAAUAGCCGAACGCAACACGUGGAUUCAUUUAACUCAUUGUAAAAAAGUGAUCUCCGCAGACCCAACCUAAGUACGGAAGGUGAGCAAAGUCUGGUAAUAGUGCCUGAUUCUGGUGUCAAGAUCCAGGGUUGACACGAAAGCUAGCAGAAGAAUUCCAAGACACCAACCCGAAGCUCAGGGUGUUGACUCUGGGGAGAUCCAAAACAUGAGCAUUAGAGAGUCAUUUGGUGAGUGCUUUAAUCGGGCUGUAGCCUGCGCGAAGUCUACCAUGUGCUUUUGGUUGUUUUGGUCUUUUGAAAAUCAUACCUGCAAAUAUAGGCCCUAAGUGUGCUGUCGUUUUGAUGUUAGACUCGUCCAUUUCACCCACUCACGAUUGUUUUAGAUGGGAUACGGUUUACCCUGUUGCCCCUAUGACAAAGCAUAAACCCCUUUUUUCGUCUGUUGUAGCUAAGGGUAGUUUUACAUGCAUUAGAUUACCUGGUACCGGUGUGAAGCUCGGCGCCAUACCUGCUCCGUGGUGUGGGUCCGUGACCGAGGUCACGGCCCCUUUUUUGCCCAUUGCUCGUUGUGAUAUUUGGUUUUGGUGUAAUAGUAACAAACUUUAUGAUAGGUUGCCUUUCGACAGCGCUGGAAUUUGCGCUUUGGUAACCCUAUUGCUACCUGUUCAUUUGAUACCAAUGUCCUCUUAUGAUCUAACGUCUUUUGCUAAGUCCGUAGUGCCCAAAUUCUGGCCGAGAACGAAACGAGACGCCGAAUGGCGGGGCACAGCUAAUCCAACCUACAUCGACGCCAUUGGUGUUCCUAGGGGAGUGCCGGAUGAGUAUAAGCUGGUGAAUCAGAUAGCAGCUGGUUUUGAAUCCGCCCUGUGUUGGUGGUGUACUCUUAACAAAAAUGUUGACAGGAUUAACUACGUCCAUUACAACGUGCAGAGGCUUGGAAACUGGACCGAGGCGGGUUUCAGGGCGGUCCACUCCCAACUGGCCGCUACUUCCCUCAUGGCUUUCCAGAAUCGAAUGGCCCUUGACAUGCUACUCUCAAGAGAGGGCGGUGUCUGCGCCAUGUUCGGUGAGCAAUGUUGCACUUUUAUUCCAAAUAACACUGCGGCCGACGGAAGCCUGUCCCAGGCCCUUGAGGGCCUGCGGGCCUUGAACGGGAAGAUGAAGGAGCACAGUGGAGUGAACACGGAGGUUUGGGCCAACUGGUUGAACGUGUUCGGGAAGUACCGCACCCUGGUUUCCUCUGCCCUGGUCUCCGUUGCCGUUUUCUCUGCCAUUUUGACCUUGUGUGGAUGUUGUUGCAUCCCUUGUCUCCGAUCCCUAAUUAACAGGCUAAUUACGGCUGCUAUCUCUCCACCAGCUGAGACUUUCCCGUUGCUCCUAAGGGAUGACCUUUCGGUCGACGGGGGUUCCUUCUCUAUUGACGACCCGGUCAGCGAAUCUGUUGUGGUAAACUUGUCCGAUUUGUUUUCUGACCCGGGCUUUGCCGAUUGUGACUCAGUUUCCUCCCGUGUGUAAGUUGGUUCCUGCGAAAUGUGAUCCCUGUGGCUGAAAAUCUUUUUGAAGUGGCCAUAUGGGUGAUGGGUUGGUCUCCGGGAACUUAUGAUAAACAGGGGGGAAUUGUUAGAUAAAUUGUAUAUAUAUGUUAUCAUGCGUUCCCUAAUGAGUACUUAUUAAUAAGUUAUUGCGCAGAAUGCUUGCUGUUUCGCCUUGCAGACGUCCACCAGUCCACAACAAGUCAUACGAUGCUGUCUGGGGCUUCCUGACCUUCUACACCUCUGGGAAUCCAAGAAAGUUGCUGAUAGCUCAAUCUACUCUGUUGAUGUCUGCACAUGACAUUCUGUCCUUGCAUUCCUUUCCCAUGGCGUCCUGUCUGUAACUACUUGUUUCACAUAGAAUACUUGUUUAUGUCCUUGCGCUCCUUUAUUUUCUCAUGACGUCU